CGAGGCGAUAGAGCAGAAGGUCCGCCACCAUAAGUGGAGGCCCCGGACGAGUGGCGGAAAGGCACAUAAGGGACACCGGGAUGCUAGAGGAUGAGCUUCUGAGUGGACUCAAUGCGGUCAAGGCGGGCGUCCAAGUGGCCAACGAGUAUGGCCAUCAGAUGCGGACAAGGCUCACGACUAUGAGCAGGGCGAGGCGGGGCAAGCUACUGCUCCGCCCGAUGGACCUCUGGAGGAGGAGCAUCAUAGUGGCCAUCCUUAGUGAAGUACGCAGAAGGUGGGUCCCGCCGGGUCAUGGAUUGCCAAUGCUCAAGAGAGAGGGGGGAUGGUACGACCUACUAGCGUGCACCCCAUGGCCACUGGAUCAAGACCGAUUCGCCUAGCAAGGCGAGUGACAAAGGCCCCACCUUCGACCUAGUACUAAUGUUGUGCAAGGUCAACACACGAGAGGAGCCCACACGAAUAGGGACGGAGGCCGCAAGACUAGUAAGGAUGGCUCGAUGACGGUUGCUGAUGGCACCCGGGAUGCCUUGCUGUGGGAGAAGCCCGUGGCUCAAGACGUUAUGGAGUAGCCUGAAAUCAUGAUGAAGCAUACUUGCCUUGGCCGCUUCUCUAAAGGAAGAACCACAACAACACGGGUGAGGGGAUGCUGCCACUGCUGAUCCAGAAGGGACUAUGUCGCAAAUGUGGUCUCAAAUGGAAGGAGAGUGUAUCGGGGACUUUGAACAAAGUCCUCGGAGUACA